AUGUGUCCAUAUUUGCGUCUUACUGGUGAUGUAGUUACUGCUAACUUGACGAAGGGCAUCGAUCACUUAAGGAAUCCGCGUCUGAACAAGGGUCUCGCAUUCACUUUAGCUGAGCGUCAGGUGUUUGGCAUACAUGGUCUUUUAUCCAGCGAAUUUAGAACUCUCGAACAACAACUAGCGAUCUGCAGAUUAUCAGUGGACCGAUACAGAAGCUUGUUGAACAAGUACCUUUAUUUAUCAGAGUUACUGGACACAAAUGAGACAUUAUUCUAUUGUCUUCUCAAUGAGAAUAUACAGAAGUAUAUGCCGUUGGUGAAUUCUCCGACAGUCGGAAUUGCGUGCUUGAGGUUCGGCCUUGUGUACAAGAGACCUAGGGGUCUCUUUAUAACAAUACACGAUAGAGGUCACGUUAUUGAUGUGUUGAAGAACUGGCCAGAACGAGAUGUACGUGUAUUGGUAGUUACUGAUGGAGAAAGAAUACUAGGUCUAGGUGACCUUGGGGCACAUGGCAUGGGUAUACUCCAGGGUAAGACUAUACUGCUCACAGCUCUUGCGGGGAUAAAGCCACACCAAUGUUUACCUGUGUGUUUGGAUGUCGGGACUAACAAUCUGGCACUUAUAGAAGAUCCUCUUUACAUUGGUAUUAGAGAAAAACGACAAUGCCGCAAGAAUUACGACGAACUGAUCACGGAGUUCUUGGUCUCGUGCAAGAAACUAUACGGACCGCAAACUCUUGUGAUGAUGGAAGAUUUCGGUAUUCACAAUGCACAUCGCUUGCUGACUAGACAUCGCGAUGAUCACUGUAUAUUCAAUGAUGAUAUCCAAGCUACCGCCGCCGCAGUAGUCAGCGGUCUAAUAGUUGCCUGUGAAAGGAUAACUAAACAAAAACUAAAGGAUAACACGUACUUGUUCUAUGGAGCAGGCUCCACUGGUGUUGGGAUAGCAAACCUGCUUUGCGAUGCUAUGACGGAAGAGGGCCUCUCUAGUGAAGAAGCCAGGACCAGAUGCUAUAUGUUUGAUGUCAAUGGCCUCCUGACUAAAAAGCGGAACAAAGAAAUACCGUCUCAUGCGAGGGAUUAUGCCAGAAAUCUGGAACCCGAAAUGGAUUUCGAAAAGUGCAUCAAGAAGUUUAAAGCUACCUGUAUAAUUGGUACAUCGACAUGCGGCAGUUCAUUUACACCAGCGAUGAUAAAGGAAGUGGCUAAGAAUACCGAGAGGCCGCUGAUCUUCCCGCUGUCAAACCCAACGAGUCAGUCUGAAUGUACUCCCCAGGAAGCUUAUGAUCACACUGAGGGUCGGUGUAUUUUCGCAUCAGGCUCCCCUUUUCCACCAGUGACGUACAAAGGUCGAAAGUUCACCACUGGUCAAGCCAACAAUUACUACAUAUACCCCGGAGUAGCUUUGGGAGUGAUUGCUGCGAAUGCUUUCCGAGUCACUGAUGCUAUGUUCCUUACUGCUGCCAAGACUCUAGCAAAAAAUGUGACAGACGACGAUAUAACUGCCGGUCGCAUUUACCCGAGCGUCAAUCAGAUGACUUCAAUAUCUCUAUCCAUAGCGGCUGAAAUUGUUUCACUGGCGUGUGACCAAAAUCUAACGUUCUUACGCCCAAAACCAAAAGAUUUUAAAGAAUUCGUUGCUGCACAGACCUACGAAUUUAAAUAUCCUUCUAAUGUACCGCGAUUCUACUCGUACCCUGAAAGCACUACAGUGGUAAAACUUAAAAACAUCGAUGUUCUCCACAAGGGUCUGCUUCCAAACAACAGAAGACCACGACCGAGGAGUGACCCUCCAAUUUUAAUAUAAACUUAUCGAGCGUUAUCAACACAGACUAAAUAUUUAUUGACUGUGGCAAAUCGGAUAUCGUCUCAUCUAUUUUUCACAUUCUUUAUUACGUGAGUACCAUAAUAGAAAAAAAAUAUGAAUCAUUUGUAUUAAUCUCAAAUUCAAGGUGUAGGUAGCGUUUUAAGAAAUAAAUGUAAUUAUUUCGAAAACAUUCGUUUAUGGAAAGUCCACUUUUGUUUCCAGAUUUAAAAGUCGUAAGUGACUAUUUUAAAAUCAAAGGCAUAUUUUGGGAACAAUGGUCGUGUGAGAAAAGCUUAACGUUUCAGUAAGAGGAUGCCAAGGCACGCUUUGCCAUGUUUCAAUCCAUGUGUUACAUGAACGCAUGUGUGAGUGCACUAACACAAGCGUAAAGUUCAUCAUUUGUUUUUGCACAUUGCUUAUACAUUAGAAACUGAAAUCUAUGCAGAAUAAAUUAAUAAUACGAUAAGAUAAACUAAACAUCUGUUGUAGUCAUGUUGGCUAUCGGAGACAGGACGUGUUUCUGGCCCCUUUUCAGUUAAUUUAUUUCAGAAGCCACUAAUUUGUCCUUUGUGUAUA